AUGUUUCGAUCAACUGCUGUACGCCUUGCUGAGUCUGUGUCGGCACACCCUCUGAAUCUUCGUGAAGCGAGCGGCACGCUUCUACCACCUCUGCCGCUCUACCGUCGGAUAUUGCGGUCUCACAGAAAUCUACCUCGAGAAAUGCGCUCGCUCGGAGAUGACUACGUGAAGGCCGAGUUUCGCAGACACAGAGAGGUGACGAACAAGGUCCACAUUAUUGGCUUCCUCUCGCAGUGGAAGGUCUACUUGGAUGAACUUCCUGCCGGGCCGGAAGGGCAGAGCUUUAGAGGCAAGCCGCUCGAUCCUACAAAGCUAGAGAAGAUGUCCGCGGAACAGCUUGGCCAGCUGUACGAAGUCAUGCACGUCACCAAAAGUGUAUGGAAGCCGGUCACGCCAGAGCAAGAUGGUAAAGGCAAUGGCGACAACCAAUCAUAG